CAAAAUGGCGACAUCCAAGUCGUAACUUUCCCUUUGUUAUGUCAUUUCUAAACAGGAACACAAAACACCCCCUUAUUUGAUUAAACAACUUUUCAUUUAUAGUGGUGAAGUAUUCUGAACAUAAUAUGGCUUUGUUUGGAAAUUUGUUUCGUGACGAUGAAUUUGGCUCAGACGAGAUUCCAUCAUCUUCAAAAUCUUCAAUGUCUCAGACUCAACCUCCCCAACAGCGGGGACAGAGUCAGAUGUGCGGGAUUGAAAAUCAGGGAGCCACUUGCUAUCUUAACUCACUCCUUCAAACACUUUUGUAUACACCAGAGUUCAGAGAAGGACUUUUUCUUCUAGGUGAAGAUGAACUUGGAAAAUUAACCAAAAAUGAUGAAACUGCAAAUAAUACGGUUAGAGUAAUACCCAUCCAGCUCCAGCGUCUGUUUGCACGACUGUUGAUAAAGAAUUGCCAGAGUGUUUCUACCAAGGACCUCACCAACAGCUUUGGAUGGACAGACAAUGAGCAAUUCCAGCAGCAUGAUGUUCAGGAGUUAAACCGUAUUUUAUUCAGUGCCAUAGAGAGCUCUCUGGUUGGCACCUCGGGUCAUAGUCUUAUACAGAAACUAUACCAUGGGAAAAUUGUCAAUCAGAUCAGAUGUACUGUAUGUGGAAGAGUCAGUGAAAGACAGGAAGAUUUCCUGGAUGUUCCAGUUACUGUAUCAGGCAGUCUGGGCCUAGAGCAGAGCUUGCACGCCUCGUUUCGGGAUGUUGAAAUGUUGGAUGGUCUUAAUCAGUACCAGUGCUCCAAGUGCAAUAAAUUAGUGGAUGCUGAAAAAGGGGCAAAACUGCGAAGUCUUCCACCAAUCCUAACUGUUUCCCUGCUGCGGUUUAGCUUUGACUAUGUAAAACUAGAAAGAUUCAAGGAGACUCGGAAAUUCACUUUUCCUAAAAUCAUUAACAUGGCACCUUAUUGUGACCAGGUACAAGAAGGGGAUAACCUCAUGUUUGAGCUGUUUUCCGUGGUGAUACACAGUGGAGGGGCAAAUGGAGGACAUUAUCACGUCUACAUCCGUGAUAUUGAUGCCCUAGGAAAUUGGGUCACUCCAGAUGAAGAAGAAAUUGUGGUACCAACAGAUCUGGCUUUUGGGGCAGUGGAUUUUAUUGAGUGUGAUUCGCCCAUAGAACUUUUGCAAUACAUUCUUGCUCAUAAGAAAAACCAAGGUCUUGGGCUUGACAAACUGGGUCAGGAAAUACUGACCAAGACAGGCACAUCAUGGAAUAAACGUUUCAAGAACAAGCAUGGGCCUUUAACAAAGUUUUUAGCCAAGCAUGAUGACAAGUUUAUCUUUGAUCCAGUACACAAACAUGUGUCCUUGAAUGUGUAUGGAAACUCUUCUGCAACGCCAGCUAUCGCACAAAACCCCCACAACAAUGCUGAUAUAGGACAAAAUAAAACAUUAGGACCGACUCUUGCAACAAAUUCUACUGGUCAGGCUAUGAAAACAGGAAAUCAGUUCAACCAAUCAAAUGGGGAAUCGAAAAUUUCUUUCCAGUCAAAAGGCGAAGCAAACAGUUCAAACCAGGAUUCUACUGGUAGUGAUCAGAAGAAAAAAAGUACAAAAAUAUCUUUACAGGAUAAUUCUAGAAACAGAAACAGAACUACAACUACCGUGCCUCCCCCAGAACACAGAACUACAACCACCUCGCCUCACCCAGGAAAAGCAUGGUUUGAUUUCAAUGAUAGUUGGGUCCAUCCGAUCUAUGAAAAGAUGAUCGAGAAACAGUUCUCCGGCAAGGAGAGCGCUUAUAUGCUGUUCUACAGGAAAACCACACUAACAAGGGCAAAUACAGCUCAAGGGAAUAAAUUGUAUGGAAUGUCUGAGCAACUUGUUUCCAUGGUGACUGAGGAGAAUUCACUCCUAGAACAGGAAAGGAAAAAUUAUAACCUAGCAUUAAACCGCCUACACCUACAUGUCCACUACGCCGACUUUUACCAGUUUCGUGAGGGGGCCCUGAAACAACGCGCAGGGGCUGUCACCACUGAGAUAGAUAUUGACCGGCGGGAAACUACAAACAAUCUGUAUAAACAGAUUCUGGAGGUUGGGACAUCAUAUCUGCCAUGUGACAUAUUCAUCGUCAGUACCUACAAGGAGCUGGCUGCAGGCGGCCAUAUAUAUGACAAUGUUGCUGAAAAUCCAGAGAUGCAGCUUCAACUCUACAAUAUCCAUGAUGGAGACAAACUGUUUGUAUGGAAUGGGGAAUCUGUUGAUGAUAGUCCAAUUAUGACCGGUGCUGUGAAUGAACCAAUAUACUUGACUGUGAUAUAUGAUGUUGACCUUCAGUUCAGUCAAGGAUAUUCAAGGUCAUUGACUCUGCAAGAAUUCAAGGUGAUUUUGUGUGAAAGCCUCAGAAACAAGCCAGAAACCCUCAGGCUUAAGCGUGUCAGGGGGAAAGAGUUCCAGGCCAAGUUGGUAGACCUGACUGACACAGACCCUAUGGCAACACUAGCGGAACUUGGCUUCAAAGAUGGGGACCAACUACUGGCUAUGGAUGUUACACAUCAGAGGAAAGGUGUCACUGAAGACAAUGUAACAAGUGCAAUAUACAGCAGCAAAUUUGUGAUUAGAGCAGUCAAGAAAUCUUUGGAACCUUCCCAAGGCUCAUUUGAUUAUCUGUCUGUCCGAGUGGAAGUGGAUAGAACUAUUUCUGUGUCUGAGCUAAAGUUCAUAAUUCUGCAAAAGUUUGAGUGUUUGGAUGGCAAGGAGAGGCGACUGAGAAUUGAACACGACAGCCUGGGAUUACGGCAACCAAUACAUGAGGACCUAAGUGUGUUUGAUGCUGGCAUAAGUCAGGGUAGCACUGUGGUUUUGGAGGAUGGGCCGGUCCCCGGGUCUGAUGAGAUAACAGUAUAUUUCACAAGUGAGAGCAGUGCUUCAGGUCCUGAUCACACAGAGGUGAUUGUGAAACAGAACAUCACAGUUGGUCAGUGUCUCCAGUGUGUACUCUCACAGGCAAAUAUCACAGACCCAGAUUGGCAUCUCCGUAAGACAAACUGGUGUGGGGAAGCAGCAGAGCUUCUGGAUGAUCCAGAUCUCUCAUUGUCAGCGAGUCUUGUCCAUGACGGAGACCUGCUACUUCUGGAGAGGGGGAAGUUGCCACCCAAAGGGUUUAUUUGCUUGCCUGUUUGGCUACAUCCAACCCCAGAAAGUGUGAAGACACAGCGACAGGGUGGCCUCAUGUCUUGGAUGACUUCUUUCUUUGACAGCCAAGAUGCUAGUCGAUCGCAUGAAGUCGCUGUGGACCUAAUACCUCGAUACCUUGGUGAAAUUGAGAUAUCUCAGGAAGCGACCUUGUCUGACCUCAAACAGCAGGUCAUGACCCUUGAUCUGGUCUCAGAGCUGCCAGUGCCUGGGCCAGACUUUAUGAGAUUGAGGGUGAAAGAUAAACAAAGGCUUGGAUUGGUCCUGAGGGAUGGCACUAAGACUUUGAAGAGAUUAAAGCUGACAUCUAACAGCAUCCUUGCCCUCCAAAUAGUUCCUGAAGAAGAGCAGCUCAGUGUCAACCAUAUAGUUUUAGAAGUUAGAAAGCGUAUCCCUGAUACUCAAGACUAUGAGGCCCCAACAGAGCUGAUUUGGGACACCCAAGGUGGGGCCACAGUUCACAGUCUAAGACAGGCCCUGGCGGAGACACUGUUUAUGGAUGCCCAGAAUGUGGUCAUGGCUAAGCACUUUCCUCAGAGACAUGAAUGGAUGGCUAUUAAUAAACAUUCACAGAACAAGAAAAAGAAAAAGACAGGUCAAAUGAAGGACAACCUUCGACUGGCUCCAUACCACAUAGCAGAUGGGGACACUAUAGGAGCUAAGGACAUGCGCUGUGACCCAAAUGACCUUGACCACUUCAUGACAGCUGAGGACUUGGUGGGAAAACUGGAGAUACAGAAACAGGAAGAUGAGAAACGAAAAAUGAGAGAAGAUCGUAAGAAGUUUGCUGCAGAGAUUGGUAUAGGAGAAAGGCCCAAACGACCGGAGGUUGGAAUUAGUAUCAAGGUUGGGAACUUCUCUUGAUGGACUUGUGGUGAUUCAAACCAAAUGGUGCUUGUCUGUGAUUGAAUUUGGACAUUGACACUUGUAUCAAGACUUGCAUUGUAUCGUUCCAGAAUGAUGGCUUCAAACGCCACACAGCGGUUAUUUUCCUUUAUUCAACAGUAAUUACUGCUGUGGCACAUAAAACAUGAUGAUGAUAAAAUCUUUGAUUAUUGUUCUAUUUCAAAGAUAUGAUUUCUUUUUUAAAUAGAAACAUUAAAUAUUUUUAAACAUUUAAACAAAACAAUACUGCAAUGAGAUUAGGUAACAUUAUUUUUUAAAGUGAUUAGCUGAAAUUCAUACAGGGGGGCUGAGAUCUGUUUAUUCUAGCUGAAGGAGGAUAAUUUGUAGGAAAUUGCAAUGGUAUAACAUAGUUGACCAGUUACUUGAGUCAAAACAUUCACUUGAAUUAUUUGUGACAUAGAAGUCCAUAGCUAAAGAAUGCUCUCACAAAAAUAUUGUUUCCUUUGCCCCUUCUAUCCCAUAUUGGGUCUGCUCUACACACCCAGUAACAUAUAGUAUAUUAUGAUAUGGUUUUGUGUGAAAUAAAACAAUACCUUAAAUAAUAUAACAAGUCAAUAUUUACAAAUAUUUAAAAUACCAAUACUUUUUCCAAUCUCUAAAGAUUGCAAUAUAGGUCAUCUGUCCAAUUUCAGCGGAAAUAAAGAGCAAAAUCAUUAUUUAAACUGCAAUAACAGGUAUGUAUGAUGUAUUUUCGGUCAGUUAUUUUUCAUAUUAGUAAUUAUUUUUCAUAUUAGUAAUAAGAAAGCAAAUACCUUUCACAUAAUACCUAAAUUGUAUCGGUCAUGAGGUAUCAAGAGUUAUAUAGGAAUCAUCUUGUCCCUUCUGUCUGGCCUAUCCUGGGACAUCAGGUCAAGUCUACUUUUCUCCAUAACUCACUAUGUUUUUGAUGUACAGUAAAACUCUUUGGCUCGAUAUCCCUUGAAGAAUUUCACACCUUGAUUUGUUUGCUUGGCUCCAUUUUGCUCACCUGAAUUUGCUUGAUCGGUAUCAUAAUAAUGAAAUAAUAAGAAACUGGCUUAAUAGUUUGAGCAAACAUGAUCUUCACUUUAAUUUAUGUCUUUAAUUGGCACAAGUACAAAACGUGAAAAUUAUGUCAUUACAUGUAAAGAUUGCAAUGCAUUUCAAGAAGGCCUUAUUCACAUAAACUAUCGGAAUUAAUGUUUUUUUUAAAUUGAAAAAUUUAUACAAGUAUCAAAUGCUAAGCUUAUGACUUUGUGAUACUCACUGUAUGAAAUAUGCUUGUUUAUUGUUUUGAUAUACAUGUAGAUAUUUAUAAAAAAAAAAGUAUAAUGUAAAUAAAUCACUAAAAUUA